GCGCUGGGUGACAAGUUGUAACGCUAUUUAUUUUCACUUUUGAGCCGGGAGAGCAGUUGCUGCUGCUCUUCACCGAGUCCCCCCCCGCAGGAUGCCGUUCCAACAGGGCUCUGCCCGGACGCGGCAACGCACCGUCCUUCUGGUGGGGAUCGUGGUCCUCCUGGUUGUCCUCAUCCUCGCCGUCGUGCUGGCUUCUCUCCUGACUCACGGAAAGCCGGAGGUCAGUCCUAAAAUGAUGAAGUGGAAGGACAGGGGGACCACUAAGAACCUGCAAGAAGUCAUCCUGGGGAGAUGCUACAACUACAUCAUGGCGCGGUACCCUGAGCUGGGAGAUAAGGAUUGCCUAAAAAUAUGGGAAUCAUUAAAACAUGCGUUCAUUUACAAGAAUCCCUGUAACACUACCUCAGAAGAUUAUCAGCCUUUGAUGGAGUUAGCGAGUCAUCCCAUACCCUGUAACAAGUCACUGUUUUGGAGCAGGACAAAGGACCUGGCUCAUCGUUACACAAAAUCCAAUGAAAAUUUCCUUACCUUGGAGGACACCUUGUUGGGUUAUAUGACUGAUAUGAUUUCAUGGUGUGGAGACCCCUCUGCCCCAGGAAUCAACUACGAAUCUUGUCCAAAACGAAGCGAAUGUGAGAGCAACCCGACCUCUGUAUUCUGGAAAAUGGCAUCCAAGAUGUUUGCAAGAGAAGCCUGUGGUGUGGUUCAGGUGAUGCUCAAUGGAUCCACAGAAGCUGGAGCUUUCAGGAACAACAGCAUUUUUGGAAGUGUCGAGGUCUUUAACUUAAAUCCAGACAAAGUCUCUGCAGUACACAUUUGGCUAAUGCAUGACAUCGGUGGGCCCCAGAGUGAAUCCUGCUCAGGUCAUUCCAUAAUGAGGUUAAGAAGCAUCUUAGAAGAGCGAAACUUUACGAUGACCUGUGAAGACAAUUACAGGCCCGUUCAGCUCCUCCAGUGUGUGCAGAACCCUGACCACACGGACUGCCAGCCCUGCGCCAACGCCACGGCAGCUCCGUGAAGCGCAGCCUCCCCGUGCCGUCGGAGACCCACGUUGUUGGUGUGUGAGGCUGGAGACGACGUGGCUGCCUCGCUUGGAGUGGUAAAGAGCAGCGUGGGGUGUGCCGAGCCCAUAACCACAAACCCUUGCUGUGGUACUAACAGCCAAGGAGAGGGAGAUGGUGUUUUAGGUGUGAGAACUGUACACACACACACAUACACGCUCAAACAAACUAUUUCAGAGGGGCUGGGGACAUGUUCAGGUCUUUGCCCUGGUUUGCUCCCUCCUACACAGCUCUCCUUGUGGCCACAGGGUCAGAGCAGGGAUUCCCUGAGCCGCACAGAGAAGAAAGGGACUUUCCAGGGGAGGGAGAACUUGCCUGGAUUAUCGCUUGGCUUCCUCCCUGCUGGAAGGCUGGGUGGGAAACGACCAGGGCACGCUACACUCUCCUUGUAUCCCAGUGCAAGUGCCCAGGGGCACAUGAUAUAAAUCGUGUUUCUCCCGGGGACUGUGGCAUCUCUGAGCAGGUAAAGCAAGUGAUGGAGAAGGCAGAGCAGUUCUUACCUUUUGAUGGGCAUCGCAGUAAGUGGCUGGUGGGGAAACAGCUGGGCUGAGCCAAGGAAAGACCAGAAACUGCUCAGAGGGUUGCCAGCAUCUGUAUGAACGUGUCGAAUGUGUAGCUGGGGAGAUAAAAUAGCAAGACUGACUCAGACAGCCCCAUUAAAAUCCCACUGGAAACACCGCUGCUGUUCAGAUUACAAUUAAUUCCUAAUAUAGCAGUAAGUGUGAGCGUUCCAGCUUUCAUGGAAGGUCCCUCAGGCCACAAUUUGGCCAUCCACUGGAACAGAAACAAACAUCAAAAGGUUGCUGCCCUAAGGAGCCUCUCCUGACUGCCAUCUCUGAGGUGAAGCAUGGUGCCUCGCUGUGCGUAAUCCACAAGCAGGGACGUGCCGUGGUGCACCGAAGCAGCAGGUUUCAUUGAUUCCCUUUGAUUUCCAUUUUGCCGGUCUCAUACGCGUAUACAAAAAUAAAGAUCUAAGGCCAGCUUGUGGCCUCUGCUGCAAUGCCUCUGUGCAGUGCCAUUGACACUACAAGAGUAGAGCAGGUUGUCCUACAGAGAUGCUCCUGGGAGCUGCAGAGGCAUCACAACCAGCCAUCGCCAAUCCAUGGGGCAGACCCAGGUUUCCAUGGCCCAGAAGGUCAUAAUGCUGGGUUUUAGUAGUGACAACCCAGAGCACAAGGCAUCCUUAUGGAGCAACACAAGCAGGGGUAAUUCUGAGCAUCUUCAGAUGAACCUUUGCUCUGUAACGCAUAGGGCCUGCACUGAGCACAGCUGGACCACAUCCAAGACCUCACCCAAAAUGUUUACAUUAAGUGAAAUGUGUUUUUAUUUGCACUCUGUUAUGUAAGCACUUAGAUGCGUCAAAGCAGAUACAUACCAAUGCUUUCAAACAGGUUAUUUCUGACUAUAGGUCAAGAACUUGUCUUCAUGCUCGCUUUUGUACCUCUUCUUUUGUAAUAUAAAACGUUGGCUGUAACAUCGAGAGCUGUAAUAAAAUCGCUGAUGGCAAACGUUGUUAA